AUGGAGAAGUGGUGGGCUAUAUUUCUUCUGAGUAUCCUCCCACAUUCCGCAAUCGCCGACGACCUUCGGUCCCAGUCAUCUGCGGCUCGUCCGAUCACCCUCAAUGACUUAUAUAUCUCCUCAGAUGGCCAAGGCAAUGAAAAGUGCUGCCCUGUUGGAACGGUCUUUAACGGUAAAGAAUGCACAAUCCCGCAUGCCGCAGUAUGUCCUCUUGGCACUUCCCUGCAGGGCAACAUCUGUGCCACGACUCCGACUUGCCCAAAAGACUUCCACUUGGAAAGCAACCACUGUACACAUAACGAGACACCCUCCUGUCCUCACGGUUCAACCUUCAACGGUGCUUCCUGUGUGAGCACGGAGGAACCUGGAUGCCCGGCUGGCACGCAGUUUAAUGGCGCUUCUCCGUCCUGUCCACCUGGUAUGCAAUUCGACGGACACGGUUGCGUUGGGUCCGAACCCCCCAGCUGCCCCCCAUACACUCGGCUCCACAACGGUAUCUGCGCUUCAACCGAGCCACCUUCAUGCCCACACGGACUCGUCUAUCAAGAUGGUGCCUGCAUCCAUUCCUCUAAACCAGACUGCCCCCACGGGAGCAGUUUUCAUGGCAGCGUAUGUGUGUCAGAGGAACUUCCGUCGUGCCCUACAGGUAUCUUUGAUGGAACUGUUUGUAAGGACUCCCGGUCUCCUACUUGCCCACCGGGAUCCACCUUCAAUGGGUCUGUCUGCAUCGCGAGCGGCAACCCCAGCUGCCCCGAGGAACAGACCCCAUCAAUACAUGGAAACCAGAUCCGCUGUUGCCUCAAGGGUCUUGUCUGGAAUGGGUCUCUCUGCGUCCUCAUACCGGCCGACGGCAACCAAUGCCCUCCUGGAAGCAGCUUCGACGGCGAGCGGUGCGUGUACACACCCACAGUUGAGCCACUUUGCCCCCCAGGCUCGACUCUCAAUGACGGCUCGUGUGUCUUCAACAGCCACAUCUGUGUGACUAACGAAGCCCCUUCCUGUCCACCUGGAACCGGCUUCGACGGGCACAAAUGCGUCUCUGAGUUCCAAGCUUCGUGCCCCCCUGAUACAAUACUCAGCGGCAAAAAGUGUGUUUCCAGCGCUGAGCCCUCCUGUCCCCCCGGGUCGACGUUCAACGGCCACUUCUGCAUCUCUUCCGAGCGGCCACACUGCCCACCAGGCUCCCACCUUAUCGACAACGCCUGCCGUUACCCCAACCCUCCUGAAUGCCCACAUGACUCCAGCUUCACCGGAGAGGACUGCGUGACACCGCGCCCCCCGUCCUGCCCACCAGGACUCACCUUCGAUGGGGCCACCUGCGUCCACAGCGACCGGCCCUCCUGUAUCCAUGGGUACAUCUUCGACGGCACUAGCUGUGUUUCCUCUGACAAGCCAAGCUGCCCGCCCGGUACCAUCUUCGACGGGAAAUCCUGCCGUUCGAACGAGUCCCCCAAAUGCCCUCCGGGUUCUGCCUUCGACGGCACCACCUGCGCUGCGACUACGCAGCCGUCCUGCCCCCCAGGUCUCACUUUCAAUGGCAAUGAGUGUGUGACCGGUGAACGACCUGGCUGCCCCCCUGGCGCGACCUUCGAUGGCGAGCAUUGCGUUAAUGAGGAGCGGCCCAGCUGUCCCGCGGGCACCAACUUUAACGGUCGUAGCUGUGUCUCUAUAGUGCCCCCAUCGUGCCCACCAGGCACUAUGUUCGAUGGCUCAAAGUGUGUUACUGAGGGCGCACCCAGUUGUCCACCGGGCACCACUUUCCAUGGCAAUACUUGUGUGGCUAACACUCCCCCACAAUGUCCUCCAGGUACCGCUUUUAACGGGUUGAUGUGUGUGACGGCAAGCAAGUCAGAAUGUUACGAGAUGCAUGUUUGUCCGCCGGUCUCGCACUUCCAAGUGAUGUCUCCUUAG